CCAGUGUCCUCGCAUGCAAGCCUGCUCCUGCGCACGACCACUCAAUUUGCUGCCAGUCGCCUCCAGCCUCCCAUUCUUACUCCAUCAUAUUCUAUCCCAUCACGACUGUUCACGAACCGCAGCGCGUCGUCGGACGAGCGCUGGAUGUCUCCCCAAGAUGUCGACUCUCCCCGCGGUAUCCGUCCUCGCGCGGGCACGAGCUCCUUUCAACAGGCCUUCUGGCGUCGAGGAAGGUCGGGCUCUGUCUCCACGCCGGCGCCCCCUGUCCAGACGACGACGCCUCUUACGCUAGAGGCGCUCAUUGAAGCUCUUACACCGCCCGCCGUACCCUCGCUCAAUUAUGCACGCAACUUGUGCAACAUGCUCACCGCCCAAACACCAAGUCUGCACUAUGCAGUCCUGAGCCCGAUCGUCGCCUCGCUCUCCUCCGCAGAGUCGCCGCCGUCUCUGCAGGCUGCCGGAUACGAGAUACUCGCCGCGUACUGGAAGCACUCUGGCGCUGCCGUCCUCACUACUGCCGACAGGCUCUCGUGCUUGUCUCUGUUCUUCGACUCGGCUGUCCCCUGGUCACCUGAAAUCUGGGAGGCACGCUUCAACGCUCUGGUCGCGAUCAUUCAGUCGGGUGCCGAGACGGUCGAGAUGGAGAGCGACCUUCUGAGGGUACUUAGGUCGUGGAUAGAGGGGGCGUUUGAGUGUUUGACCAAACAGCCACCUUCCAUGGAGGAAUGGGAGGAACGCGAGCGCAGCGUGAAGCUACUGACCGACUUCCUCACAACCCUGGUAGGCAAACCGGAGUUCGUCUCCAGGCUGUCGGAAGAGGAUACAGCCGAGGUGCUCAAUCUGUGGGAGAGGCUCAUAGACCGUGCGCUCUCAGUUUCAUCCGAGCCCUUUCCCUUGCCCUCGGUACCAGCUUCUCCGGUGCACGAUACGCACGCGUCGAAGGCAACGUCGCCAAGCAGGCUGAAUAUGGCUCACCGACGCCAUCAAUCAUCUAUCUCCAUUCCUCAGAUCCCCAGUCUGAAGCAUCCUGCCGAUAUCAUUGUCGAAGCAUACGUUACCUACCUGGCGACGCGCCUCACUGCCCUUGCCCCGCAUUACCUCCAAAGUAUUCUGCCCUUGCUCUUCCGCUGCCUCGCGUACUACUCCACUCCUCUGCCGCGUAUAGCACUCACAGCCAAUCCGCCUCACCAACAUGCCCUCGAGAAGCUUGUCACGGAGACGCUCAAAAACCUCGUCUCCGGCCCGUACUCCUCCUCGUGCACCAUCCUCGUUAAGCACUAUCUCUUCCCUUCGCCAAAGGCGUCCCCCAUCGCGCAGACGUCCGUCGGCGCACUCCGCACGCUGCGCAUCUCGAUCCGUGAAACGCUCGUCGACCGGCUCACGCGCGCAUACAUCACGACGACGAGCGCGACGCAGUACACGCACGCGGGCGCGCCGACGCGCAUGGACCUCGAGCACAGGUUCGUCGCGCGCGCGUGGUCCCAGGACGAGGUCGCCUCGUGGGACCUCCUCAAGUUCCGCAGCGUGCUCUGCCGCGCGAUCAAGGCGUGGGUGGACGUCCCGGAUGAGGCGGAGGCCGAGCAGGGCGUGCUGAUGGCGGCGCGGGAGCAGGUGCUUACUGAGGCGGCGAAUAUAGUGAAGGAUGUCGUGCAGACGCUCGAUGAGCGGGACGACGAUGAAGAAGUUGACGACGAGGAGGUGGACGCCGUGGGGGACAUCCUCCGCGCGCUCGUCGCGCAUGUGCAGCACUUGACGGACCGAGAUGGUAUGCCUAUCAUACUCUCGCUGUCGCGCGUGGACGACACAACGCCCCUGCUCGCGGCAAUAUCGACUCUCCUCGGGCAGGACCUCAAUACGACUGCCAUCUAUCCAGUCCUCCCAACUAUCCUGCUUUCCGUAGCGAGACACCUCCCUGACGCAGACACUGCGGGCCUCCUGAAGACGAUGUCAGAGCGCCAGAGUCUGUCGCCGAUGACCCCCGGAUGGCUUACGCACUGGAACAGCGUCCUCGCGAUUCCGGGUCUGUUCGGCCCGUCACGUGUAUCGACGCGCGAGCACGCAAUGGUGAUCCUCGACGCCGCCUGGGACUUCGUGAAGGACAUCCCGGAUUACCGCCGGCCGCUCGCGGCGCUCGUGUUCGAGUUUUGGCAGCAGCAGACGAGGGGGCGCACGGAGGACGUCGCGGUGAGCGUCGUGUUUCGCAUCCUCGGCGACGAGGUCGUCCUCCGGAGCGCAGAAAACAAGGCGGACGCGAGCGGCGAGUCGGAGGACUCCCAGGUCGCAAAUAACAUAUUGGAUUUCCUGACAAGGCUCGCGGGGGAGAGGGAAGACGAAGAGGACGAUGCGGCGUCUAUUAGAACGGCGGAUGUGCCCUUGUCGAUGUCUCCCCAGGCAUCGCAUAUGGCGUCGAAUGCGUCCUCGCCGACUCUCACACGCGCGCAAUCGGAGCUUCCUGCGAGGGAGAGGGACGGAGGAUUGCCAUCGCUGUCCGCGAUGUCGUCGUUCAUCACUAACUUCACUGCUGGCCACUCCUCCCGUUCGCAGUCGCAGCCCAGACCAUCGCUUGACAGCAUACCCUCGAUGGAAUCGCCUCCGUCGCUUCCUGCCGAAUCACCGUCGAUGCCGAAGUCGGUGGGCGCCGUCGCAGCGCUGGCAUCUGUCUUCAGCCAGCUCGCGUUCACGCCGCUCGUGCACAUUGAGGGCAACAUGCUCCUUGCCAAGCGGGUCUUCGAGAUUAUGGUCGUGCUCCUCGGGACGGCGGAGUGCGUUCGCGCGCGGCUGACGAUCCUCCAGUUCCUCAUGCGCUUCCGCGUGGAUCGGGACCACAAGCUAUAUUACGCGAGCCAGGAGUCCUGCGACAGGGACGGGAACAUUGCCUCCCUCGCCGCGCUUAUCAACCGCAAUCCGAGCCAUCCUGCGGCGGCGGAGCAAGCGACGACUAGCCAGGAGGUCCGCACAGCGCGCCCCCGGGUCCCGCAGGAACGCGAUGGAAGGAGGUCGUCCCGUGGCCGAGGCGGGCAGCCGACGAAACUGGAGUCGCGCAGCCGUUCGAGGACAAACCCACGGCUAGUGUCCGCGCCUACUUCUCUUCGCCAGAUCAAAGCGAGGGACCCGAUGUGGUCGUUACCAGAGACCCCACCGUUCACUAUUGACCUCGUCGAUACGCCUAGCGAGGUGAUCAUGUCAUACGACCCAUCCGGACCGAAGGACGGUGUCGUCCUUCCGUGGUCGAAGUACCUCCGGAGGCUGGUCGAGAUCGUCAACGACGAGAAGGAGUGGGAGAUCCUGUCGUAUGUGCUCUGCUAUCUCCCGACCCAGCUGGCCAACAAGCAUCUGUUCUGUGGCCCGAGAUCGAAGAUCGUGCUAGGCGAUAUGGUCUCUGCCAUCUGUGCGGGCAUCUUGAACAAUAGCUUCGCCGCGAACAUCGAGCGUUGGCCAGAGAACCUCAUCGCGAGAGAUGCGCAUGGCCUGGCGUAUCAAACGUUAACAGUGCUGAUCAGCUACAAGCGCUGUUUUUCGGACCCGCACGUUGGGCAUCGGAUAGUGGAAGCUUUCCUCCAGGGACUCAGUGGACAGCCGUCAACGAUCAAGUGCUGUUUGGACGCGCUGUCGGUGUCUGCGUUCGAGUUGCAGCCGUCGAUGACAAGGUAUCUGUCUACGAUCCUUAAAAAGCUCUCCGAUAUCAUGUCAAACCCAGCUAUGGCUGUACACAUCAUCGGCUUCCUAGCUGUCGUUGGUUCUCUUCCUGUUCUGCACUCGAACUUCACGGAGGACGACUACAAGAUGGUCUUCGGUGUGGCCCUUCAGUACCUGCAGCACUACAAUCACUCCAGCGACCUGCCCAUAUCGUGGGCUCUAGCGCAGCACGUCCGGAUCAUGUCCUACUAUAUCGUCUACCUCUGGUUCCUUGCUGUGGAUCUUCCUGACCGUCCUCGGCAUAUCAAGUACAUCUCCCGACAACUCCUACUUGCGAACGAGGGCAACGACGAGAUUGAUGAGCCCACAGAAGUGUGCUUUGACUGGUUAGCGCGCUACACCUACGCCAGCGCCGAUCCGCGCCCAGCGGAGUCGAUGCUCAGCGCGAUCGUCAUGGAUCCCAACGUACAGCAACAACAUCAGGAGCCUGCGAUCAGCGAAAAGUCCUGGGUUGGAGGCACGGCCGUCAUCACUGUCCGCACACUCGUCAGGCGCGGAUGGAUGGAAGUUAUCACUCGUCGCUCAUCUGGCCUCACGAAAUUCCUCUGCAGAGCGGAAAACGUUCCAAUGGUCACCGUCGGAGAUGUCGAUCCUGACAUGGCCUCCGUCGCAGCUGCGUUGACGCUAGAUCGCGGCUUUCAGAGUAGAUGCGCGGAGGACCUGGAGAACGAGUCCACAUCGCAAGGCGAGGAGGCUGUCAUGCAUGACCUGCAGAGCAAUUCAGGUGGUACCCCAGAGGACGAGGCAUCAAAACCAGACCCUAUCACCGGUUACGUUUGGAGUGGAUCUGCUCCGUCUCAAAGACGCAAGAACGUCGCUAUCGACCCUGCCUAUUUCGCCCUACAACUCUCCUCCUACCCCGACAAUCUCUCUUCCGCCAAGUUACGUCCACUAUCUGACUCGAGCCGACUACAGAGUUUCUUCCGCAGUCUUGACCGUAUGCCAGUGAUCGACACCCACAAGGUCGGUGUCAUGUACGUGGCUCCGGGUCAACGAGAGGAGAGCGAGAUACUCCGUAACAGUCACGGGUCACCCGCCUACAGCCGCUUUCUAGAGAGCCUGGCAAGGCUCAUCAACCUCCGCGGGCAGAAGGAUGUCUAUGCAGGAGGACUCGAUCCGGACGAAGACGGCGAGUACGCGUAUGCAUGGUGGGACGACACCGGCCAGAUUCUAUUCCACACCGCGACGCUGAUGCCAGCUUCGGAGCCGACUUGUAUGAACAAAAAGGCGCAUAUCGGGAACGACUACGUUCGGAUCGUCUGGAACGAUUCGGGCAUGCCUUACAGAUUUGAUACCCUGGCCACCCAAUUUCAAUUCGUCAACAUCGUCAUCGAGCCCCAUUCUCGCGGUGCGAUCGCUGCAUUCUCCAACAAUCUGCAUGAAAACGAGUACUUCAAGGUCACCGUGCAACGCGCAGAGGGAAUGCCGGAGUUCACCCCCAUUAGCGACUUCAAGCUGAUCUCGGCCGAAAAUCUACCGCUCCUUGUCAGGCAAUUAAGCCUGCUUACCGACUGGUUCGUAUCCGUGUAUCAACUCACGAAAAACGACACGGAGCGGAACGAGAUGAUCACGAACUGGCGCUCUCGCCUGCAGGCCAUAAAGAGGUUCCGCGCACAGAUGUUGUCCCAGCACGCAUCCACCGACAAUAUCGCAAAAGAGCAGGGUCUCAAGGCGCAGGUGUACCGCGACUUCACGACAAUAUACUAGGAAUGUAUUAAUAUGGCUCUGGCUGUGUUUUUGGUUUCGGCAUUGCUGUCUCAUCUUUUCCUCUGGCAUCUCUGUAGCAAGCAUAGCAUAGCACACAA